UUCCCUAUGUUGUGUGAAGAUGCGGACGGUUAACAGAUCAAGCGAAACCACUGUUGAAAAUGAAUAGUUUACAGUCACAGUCUUCACCUAAAUCAGAUGUUUCAGACAAACAAACACUACUGGCAGUUUUACAAUUUCUAAAGAAAAACAAUUUAAAGUGUACAGAAGAGUUGUUAAAGAAAGAGGCUGGGGUCACAGAUGAUGAUGUUAAACCACAAAGCGCUGGGCAAAGUGAAAGUGAUGUUGCCAAUGCGUUAGCUGCUUAUAAGAGUUCAGAUGAUCCUACACGGUACACAGAUUACUAUACAGAUCUGAAAACAUUUAUAGAGUCAUGUCUUGAUGUACAUAAGGUUGAACUGUAUUUGAUAUUGUACCCUGUAUUUGUCCACAUGUACUUAGAACUUGUAUACAACCAGCAUGAAAGACAUGCUAUGGAAUUCUUCCACAAGUUUUCAGGAGAACAAGAAUAUUAUUACCAAGAUGACUUAAGACAAUUAUCAUCCGUCACUAAAAGAGAACACAUGAGAGGCAAUCAACUCAUGGAUAAUUUUAAGGCCAGCAGAUUUAUAAUUAAGAUGUCUCGUGAUUCUUACAAUCAUCUGAAGAGGUACUUACAGGAGAAUCAGAUGAAACCACUACUGACAAUAAUACAGGAACACUUAUUUAUUGAUGUGUUUGAUGGAGUGCCUAGAAAUAAACAACAGAUAACAGCAACUGGAGGUGGACUGUUAGGAGAGGCAGAGAGAGAUGCAAAUAAAGCCAAAGUAUUUUAUGGUUUACUAAAGGAGCCUGAUAUCAAUAUACCUGUGGAUGAUGAUGAUGAGGCUCCAGAAGGGGAGGACAAACCUAAGAAAAAGAAAGCAAAGAAAGAUCCACUUUUAAUGAGGAAAUCCAAAAAUGAUCCACAUGCACCACAAAGUAAUAGGAUACCAUUACCAGAGCUGAAAGACCAAGAUAAGUUGGAGAAAAUUAAUUCUUUUCGAGAAGCAAUUAAACGAGUGAGAAUAGGUUCAGAUCAGAUGCCUACAGUUUGUUUUUAUUCCAUUACAAAUGCUCACCAAGGAGUAACAACCGUGAAUGUCUGUGAAGAUUCCAGUCUGAUGUCUGCUGGAUUUGCUGAUUCUACCAUUCGUGUGUUUACACUGACACCUAGUAAACUAAGAGGAAUGAAAUCUGGUGACGACUUGGAAAUUAUUGACAAAGAUUCAGAUGAUGUGUUAGAAAGGAUGAUGGAUGAUAGAUCAAGUUCAGAGGUGAAGUCAUUAGUAGGUCACAGUGGCCCAGUUUAUGCUACAGAUAUUAGUCAUGACAAAAAAUUUCUUAUUUCAUCUUCAGAGGAUGGCAGUGUACGAUUAUGGAGUUUACAGACAUGGAGUAACUUAGUAUGUUACAAAGGUCACCAGUACCCAGUGUGGGAUGCUAAGUUCAGCCCUCAUGGUCAUUAUUUUGUGUCCUGUGGACAUGAUAGAACAGCCAGAUUGUGGUCAACAGAUCAUUACCAGCCACUCAGGAUAUAUGCUGGUCAUCUAUCAGAUGUUGACUGUGUCGAGUUUCACCCCAACAGUAACUACAUUGUAACAGGUUCCAGUGAUCGAGUGGUCAGAAUGUGGGACAAUCAAUCUGGUAACUGUGUCAGAACUUUCACAGGACACAAGGGACCAAUACACAAGAUGUGUUUUUCUCCUGAUGGUAGAUUUAUAGCAACGGGUGGUGUAGACAAGACAAUUUUAUUGUGGGAUAUUGCAAGUGGUAACAUGUUAGCACAGUUAAAAGGCCAUACUCAGGCUGUAUAUUCUCUGAUGUUUAGUCGAGAAGGUAGUGUUUUAUCUUCAGGAGGUUUGGACAGUUGUGUAAAGAUCUGGGAUGUCAAUAGAGUGUUACAGGAAUAUGAUACAGAUUCUGAUGCUACCAUACCAAGCUCAUUACAAGUGAAUGAUAAUGCUAAUUUGUUACUAGGAUCCUUCCCAACAAAACAGACAUCAGUUUUAUGUGUUCACUUUACAAGGAAGAACCUUUUAUUAGCAAGUGGACCUGUCGCCAUAUGAUAUUGAACUACCAUCUUGUUGACUGUAAAAUUGAGGACAAAUACAUUUUUGUCUGAGGGUGAUGUUGCAAAGAUUGUUGAACUGUGAUUUGGAGUUGAUGAAUUGUUAAAAAUUGUGGUGAAAAGAGAUGGUAUACACUUUUUCAAGUGAGAAACAUUGUUCAAAGUAUAAGAACCUUUAUUUAAAGAAAGAGAAAUGUGAAUGAGAGUGUUGAAAAUAUACUGAUAUUUAUUGAAUGUUGAUCACUAAGUCGAAGAAGAAAUUCAUGCCUAUAUUACUACUACACAGACCAUGUAACUACAUGAUUACAAAAUAAUGUUCACUAUAUAUUCUUAUUUUGGGCAAGCAAAAGUCAUGUAAAAAAUCAAAACUCUGAUGUUGUGGUAAUUUGCCACCUUUAGGGCUGGAUCCAAUCCUUGGUCAUAUAAAUUGAAAGGUCUGAAAUGUUGCUGCUUCCCUGUUAAGGCUAUAGCAUGUAGAAGUAAGAGCAUAGACUGGUCAGCUCGAAGUCAGAAUAGUAUAAUUGUUGGAUAUCAUUGAAUAUGUCCAAUUGCUGCCAAUUGCUGCUUGUAGUGGGGACCACUAUUAUGUGAACUAGAACAUUUAAAAGUCGAGCUAAAAAGGUCGGUAUUGCUAAAGCAGGUUUCAUAUUAGAGAUAAUGAGUAUUACCUAUUACGUAUACAUGUUAUAUGUUUCUUUUGAUAUAUGCAUGUAAUAUUUUGUACUGGAAUUUCAUUAAGCUUAUCAUCAUCAUUAUCAUGAUCUCAAAUACAAAACUAAAAACAAAACUUAGAAAUUGUUAUUUUUAUUUAUUUUUAGAUAGUGAAAAAAAUAUUUACAGGCGUAAAACCAAAGAUGACAAAGAGAGCUCAUACAACAAUCUGUGUUGCUCUUUGUUAUGAAAUAGAUGAAGACUUGUGA